CCUGUAGGUUCAUUCAAUCUCCCAUACACACAGACCCACUGCGAGACCGACACACACUCACACACACUCAAACACACAACUGCACGCAGCGAGGCUCGGGAAGUCAGGUCGCCUGCUCGCCUCGGCGCCUCCUCCGCUGCGGCCAGCCGCUCUCCCCUGGGGCCCUGAGCUCGGCCGGGCGGCGCAGCCCCAGAAGAGGACGAGCUCCGCGGACCCCCGUCCCCCCAUGGGCAAACGCGGGCGGCCGCGCAAGGAGGCGCGCUGCGAGCGCGCGGGGCUGGCCCCCGCCGCGCCCCCGGCCGUGGCCGCGCCCCAGCCCCCGGCCCCGGCCGAGGAGCCCGCGGGGGCCAAGCUCAGGUGCCCCUUCUCGGACAUUUUCAACACCAGCGAGAACUCGAUGGAGAAGCACAUCAACACUUUUCUGCAGAACGUGCAGAUCCUGCUCGAGGCCGCCAGCUACCUGGAGCAGAUCGAGAAAGAAAACAAAAAGUGUGAACAUGGCUACGCCUCAACGUUCCCCUCUAUGCCGAGCCCCCGGCUGCAGCAUUCAAAGCCCCCACGGAGGUUGAGCCGGGCACAGAAACACAGCAGCGGGAGCAGCAACACCAGCACUGCCAACAGGUCUACACACAAUGAGCUGGAAAAGAAUCGGCGAGCUCAUCUGCGCCUGUGUUUAGAACGCCUAAAAGUUCUGAUUCCACUGGGACCAGACUGCACCAGGCACACAACACUUGGUUUGCUCAACAAAGCCAAAGCACACAUUAAAAAACUUGAAGAAGCUGAAAGGAAGAGCCAGCACCAGUUAGAGAACUUGGAACGAGAACAGAGAUUUUUAAAGCGGCGACUGGAACAGCUGCAGGGUCCUCAGGAGAUGGAACGAAUACGAAUGGACAGCAUUGGAUCGACUAUUUCUUCAGAUCGUUCUGAUUCAGAGCGAGAGGAGAUUGAAGUGGAUGUUGAAAGCACAGAGUUCUCCCAUGGAGAAGUGGACAAUAUCAGUACCACCAGCAUCAGUGACAUUGAUGACCACAGCAGCCUGCAGAGUAUUGGGAGUGACGAGGGUUAUUCUAGUGCCAGUGUCAAACUUUCGUUCACUUCCUAGAACCCAGCAUGACAUAACAGUGCAGGGCAAAAUAUUCACUGGGCCACUUCAAACAAUCUCUUAAAUUGGGUUCAUGAUACAGUCUCCUCUUUAAAACUAAACAAAACAAAACUAUACUUGAACAAAAGGGUCAAAAGACCUCUAUUUAAGCAAAUACUUAGCAAAAAGUGGGGCAGAGCCUCCCCAGCAGAACAAAUAUCCAUAAUAUUCGUAGUUGAAAAUCACAAUUUCUAAUGGCAGCAGAAAACUUGUGUGAAGUUUUAUUUGAUUUAGUUGAUUUGAAAGAGGACAUUAGAGAUUCCAUCCUCUUUUUCUUUUCUAGUUUACUCCUACUACAUUGAGUAGACACAUUUAAGGAUGGGAUUAUGAACCCUUCCUGAGCUUUAUGGUCCUAAAAACAAACAAAAUUAAACCUAUUGUAAAGACAAGACAAGAUAAUCAGGCAUUAAUCUUGGAUAGCUAAAGAGCUAUUAAAACUCAGCCUGGGCAGCUUAUCAUAAAGCCUGUGGGAUGAUCAAUUCUUAAAAAAAAAAAAAAGCUCAUUUCAUGCUCUGCAAAAGGAGAGACUCCCAUGAAGCCUUUUGAAAGGGAUCAUCAUGCAGCUCAGCUUUCUGCUGGAUUCCAUGCUAAGCAAGCUAACUUUAUCCUGCAUUGUUAGCACUAGGGCACCCAACCGCCAGCUCGACAGUCAGCUGCUCUUAGGCUCUUGGGCAGCAUGGGGCAGUCUGUGCGUGACAGCCUCUACCACACAGGGCCUAUGAGUUCGGAUUGAGGGGCCAGAAGGAAAAAGCUCCACGUGCCUCUGUGUCUGCGUGGGCCAGAAGAGUUGUGCACGCAGAUUAGCAGGCCAAGGUCUGAGCCACGGCAGCAUUUUUAUUUCAUAUUUUGAUAACUGUUUGUAUGUGUUGAAAACCAAAAUGACAUCUUUUUAAAGCUUGUCCAUAAAAAACAUAGAUGUCUUUUAUAGUGGAAAAACACACGGGAAAAAAAUCAUCUAUUUUGAUGCAGCAUUUGAUAAUGAUAAAACACCUCACACUUCACUCUUUAUAGUGCACAAAAUGAAUGAGGUCUGGGCUAGGUAGAAAAAAGGUCAAUGCUGUUUUUGUUUUCUUUUAGAAUCAUUACCUUUUACCAGCUUUUAACCAUCUGCUAUGUAUAAUAGACACACUAUCUUAGUUAACAUAGUUAAGUUCAGCACUUGUCUCAUUUUAAUGUAAAGAUUUGCUUCUGUUUUCCUACAGGCAGUCUCUCUCUUCCUCACAAUCCCACUGUGCAGGUGCUGUUGUUGCUCUUAUCAAUAUUUUCGGAAACGUUAUUUUAAGUGAAAUUUCUAGCCUGCACUUUGAUGUCAUGUGUUCCCUGUCUUUCAAACUCCAAGGUUCCCCACUGGCCCUCUCCCUUACCCCAGGAAGCCUUUUUGGAGACCUUACCCCUGGCUCUUUGGACUUUGUAUACUUUAAAUAAUUUAACUACCCUUAAUUACUUAAAAAAAAAAGCUUUAUGAUUUUCAUAACUUAUUGCUGAUUUUAAUGGGUUAAUUUCAGUCCUGUAGUUUUGUUUUGUUUAGAUAGGGCUGGGCAAGGAAAAAGAAAAUAAAGACAACCAUAUUUAGCAGUGCA